CCGCUAUCAUAAACACGUGUAUUUGAAACCUGAUUCUUGUAAAAAGAAACAGGAAGUUUUAGGUAUCGUUGUCACGUGUUGUUUUAUCGAUAACGUAAGGAUAAUACAAGUUUAUUUUGACAAAGAGUGGAUAAAAUAAAACAGCGGGGUAAACGAAAAACAUGACUCACACUGCGUACGACUCUAAGUAUAAAGCAGCUGUUUGGAUGUCAACUUUCAGCUGUAUCUUGUCGAUAAUUGGUUCUUUUGCAAUCUUUGGAUCAUAUAUAUUCAUACCGGAUAUACGGAACUCAUCCAGGAAGCUUGUCACGUGCCUAACUGUUGCGGACUUCUUGACAGCCCUUGGAUAUCUUAUAUCUGCUUUGGCAUAUUUUGAGGACACAACCGAUAUGGUAUGCACCACCCAGAGUGUGAUAACAACAUAUUCAAGUCUUGUUUCCUUUUAUCUAACGGCCGCCAUAGCAAUCCACAUAUUUGCCACCGUGGUGUACAAACAAAACACAACUUCAUCGUGGAAAUUCCUACUUUGGGCUAACAUUAUAAGCUGGUGUAUUCCAGGAAUAAUAGUUGUAGUAGCUGGUGAAGAUAAAGUUCUUGGCAGAAAUGAAAAUUUUAAGAAUAUAACGGACCCAAGCAACGCAACUGUAGGCACAGGACCGUGGUGUUGGUUGAAGCUUCAACACAACCGAUAUACUAUGUGGAUGUUUCUGUCAGGAAAGGGAUGGGAAUUCUUAUGCUAUCUGAUAACUACAUCUCUCUACGUUCUUUUGAAAUUUUAUCUCUACUUGCGUUACAGUCGACGCACGUUUACGGACAUACAUCAAAGUCUAAGACAGGAUGAUCAGAACUAUCUUUAUGUUUGGUUUGUUCUCUAUGUCCUACGGCUUUGGGGGUCAUUACGAGCCAUUAUGUACCUUGCUUGUAAAGACAGAGACAUAUGUAAAGCUAUAUCCAAGAUAUUCAUGUACAUGCAAGCUGUGGGCGAUCCGGGUCAGGCAUUUUGUAACUGUAUACUGUUUUGUUUUCUUGACGGAACUGUCAGGUCUUCUUUAUUUAAAUUUUGUUGUGGCACACCCCACAAUCCAGCCUCACAAAGGGAGAGGGAGCGAUUAAUUACAGGGAGUCAUAACUACGAUGUACAUAUAAAUGAACAUGAAGAGACGGACAGUGAAGGACACUUUCCAGAACCAUCUGGAAAUUACUCCAGUUUUGCCACAAGCCAGCAAGACAGAUCCACUCAACGAGUCCAGGAGACAUGCGAUGGUAGUCCGAAAAACGUAUCCGUGCAAUCAACUGAAGGCUCAGAUGCGAACAAAAUCGUGGCCGAUUGAUUGAUAAACCUGAUCAAUUAACUUCAUAAAAUCAUUGAUUACUUUGUGCCUAUAUAUUUGUUUUAUUGAAUUAAAAGGGGCAUUAGUAACAGUUAUUUUGAUAGACUGAUUCGCUGUUUAACGUCUAUGAAUAAGCUAUGUAUGUUUAUUAAUGUUCAAAACUUUGAACAAUCCCCGAGUUUAUUUGUGUGUAUGACUGGUUGAUUUUCUUUCUAUAGGUCUUCUUUUAUCUGAUAGGAAAGAAAGUGAUUUUCGUUUGAUAUUUUAAACUUCUUGGCUUUAUAUAUAGAUAACAAUGCAUUAACUGAUGUUUUUAGGUAAAAUGCGCAUACCGUAUACACUGUAAUGGGAUGUUUGCGCACUCUAACAUACUGUAACACGUAAUUUGGUUGAAUGAUGAGUUCAGAUAUAGUUAUUUAUUAUUAUUAUUAUUAUUGUGUUGGACACAAUUAGGUCAUAUGGCGACUUUCCAGCUGGUCUACAUGUAUAUAUGUUUUAUGUAUGCGGUAUAGUGCUUUUAGUUCAUUGCAUUGUCGCUGCGUAUAUUUUAAAUAAUGUUUGAAUUUUCAAUGAAAAUGAAAUAAGUGAUUUUUGUGAAGAGCCUUAGCCUUAUAUAGAUAUGUUUUAUGACCAUAAUGAGGACAGACAAUCUGGUGUCGUUGUUAGAGAUGAGCUGGUACGACUUCUGUCAAAGUGAAAAAUCAGCCUGGAUUAUUAUCAAUCGACCUUUCAGAAUCUGGGAUCAAGUAACUUUUGGAAAAAAGAUGUUAAGCCUAUAAUGUUUAAUAGACUAGAAAUUUCUAUUUUAUGUUAAUUCAUACUUGAAUUCAUUUCAGAAGCAAGA